AUGUCAAUUUCAAGCUGGCUCUGCACUAACAGCACCAAGAACAUGGUGGUCAAGGUGGUUCAUCCCGGCGGCCAUGUAGAGCUCCAUGACCGGCCGGUGCUCGCGGCUGAGAUUAUGCUGCGAAACCCCAAGUGCAUGGUCGCCUAUCCACACGUGUUUCAACAACCAUGGGCAGUUCUUGCUCCGGAGACCACACUAACCCUAGGGAAAAAGUAUUUUGUUGUGCCUGUGGGCACCAUACGGAAGCUCCAGCGAAGUUCUUUUAAGCAUUCCACUCCCCCAGUUGAAGCAAAUGGGAGCACUGAAACUCCUAAAGAUAUGAAACAUGCUAGUGAUGAGGGAGACUUUGUUAACAAGGACAGCUCUGAUGCUAGGAGAGUUAAUGUUUCGAAGGAUAAGUGCUUCAUGAGCCUUAUUGCGAGGAUAAAAAAUCAGGGCAACUGUGAAGAUUCAAGCAGGGGAACAAGAUCAUCGAGCAGCUUUGCUUCUUCUGAGACAAAGGGAAAUGCUAGGAAGAGAAAUAAUUAUUUUACAAGAAGUUCACCAUCACCAAACAGACGUGCAAAUAUUGAUCACUGGCAACCAAAUCUAGAAAGCAUCACUGAAGAGUGA